UGACGUACGUUCAAUGUUAUUGUUUAAUUGGACGAGGUAUGAUAUCCAACUAAAUCCCAAGUUAUCGAAGUGUUCACCGUAAAAAUUAUCGAACCUGCGUUUGAUUAGGGUUUACACUUCGGAACUCUGAAUUCUGAGCGGCAUGGGAAAGAAGGAGAAGUCGAAAGCCAAUGCAAGAGAGCACGAACAAGUCGGCGAAGCAACCGACAAUCUCGACGGCGCUUCCACGCCAUCACUCGUGUUCAGUAGCGAUGAUGAUGAUGACGAAGCCAAUCAAGAUCUGAGUCUCAGAAUCGUUGAAAAGGCCCUACGAGCGCGAGAGGCAAAGCUUGCAACAAACGACGCCGUUUUAAACGGCGUUGAUUCUUCUCUUGUUUCGCCAUCGCAGCAAUCUGAAUUCAAGGUGAUGCAAAGCGACGGCGUUUUGGAUGGGUCGAGUGGGAUCACUGCUUGGGAAAUGAUGGAAGAGAAGAAAACGACGAAGCUAAUGGUGGACUCUGGGUUUUCAAGUGUUAUUGUAGCUGCAGAUCAAGAGGUGGAAGAGAUAAUCAAAACUACAGAGAACCGUGAGUCCGUGGAUCUGGAAGCAAGUUCGGGUCAGAUAGGCGACAAUGUGGUUCUGCGAAAGCUGCUUCGGGGUCCAAGAUAUUUUGACCCUCCAGAUAGUAGUUGGGGAGCAUGCUAUAAUUGUGGCGAGGAAGGUCAUGCUGCUGUAAACUGUACAGAAGCGAAGCGGAUGAAACCGUGCUAUGUAUGUGGUGGUUUGGGACACGUUGCAAAGCAAUGUACUAAGACGAAUUGCUAUAUCUGUAAGAAAGGUGGCCACCGUGCCAAAGAUUGUCCAGAGAAGCACAUGUCGGCACGUGUUCCUAAAAGCUUAACGGUGUGCUUGAAGUGUGGGAAUUCUGGGCAUGAUAUGUUUUCAUGCAGGAAUGAUUAUUCACCGGAUGAUCUCAAGGAGAUUCAAUGUUAUCUCUGCAAGACAUUUGGCCAUUUGUGCUGUGUCAAUACUGCUGAUGCAAUACUGGGAGAAAUUUCUUGUUACAAAUGUGGUCAGAUGGGUCAUACUGGUUUGUUCACAAUUAGAUAUUCCCUAAAAUGAAUGGAUGCUGCAUCAUAACUAGCAAGUAGCAAAUGCAUGUACAUCUUGUAAGGAAGGACAUGGUAAACAUGGGAAUGAGAACUGAAUUGGGACCCGUGAAGAUGGUGAAUGGACAAAUUAUCCGGAUAUGAAGCAAUUAGUUGAUACAUCAAUAAAAGUGUUCCGAUCUCAAAGACAAGCUCGAGUACCACGUACUAAAUCCAGCAACAUUACGUGGAUAAAAGUGCAGUGUCCUCUACAGCGCAACGGUAUCGAUUGCGGAUACUUUGUAAUGAGGUUUAUGAGGGAAAUCAUUAAUAUGAAUCAAAUAGAGAUUCCAAUCACGUACUUUGAUGAAUACAAGUGUGCUCAUUACACGAGACUGCAGUUGGAACAAAUCAAGGAGGAAUUGUGUCAAUAUUUUAUUGAGAAAAGAUUAAUUAGUAUAUAAUGGUUUCAAAAUAACAUGAAUACUUUGAUGAAGAAUGGUUUCUGGUUGGCAAGUGUAUAGUUCUUUAUAUUUUUAACAGAUUAGUUAUGACUCCAAAUAGGCCGUAUAACAUAUUAGUUUUGACUUGUGUAUAGUUCUUUAUAAUUUUAGUGAUAUCUUUAAUUUCAUGGAUAAA